AUGGGUCCAGAGACAUCUCAUGGAAAAGAUGAUAUCCUGCUGGCUCCCGGCCCAACAGAUCUCGAACUCGCCGCCCUGCCGGGCCCGGCGCCGAUCACCGGCCCCACCCAUCCGAAAGACUCGGACCCCUUCUUGGUAACCUUCGCCGAGCCCCACGACCCCGAGAACCCGCUCGACUGGCCCGCCGGCCGCAAGUGGAUGGUCACCGACGUCCUCUCGGCCACGGGCUUCAACCGCAUCAUGGUCUCGACCAUCAUGGCGCCCGCGCUGACCAACAUCGCCGUCGAGCUCGACAUGUCCUCGACCGAGUCCGCCAUGGCGCUGUCCAUCUACCUCCUCGCCACUGCCUUUGGCCCGCUCAUCAUCGGGCCCAUGUCCGAGAUCUACGGACGGCAGGUCGUGCUGCACGCGUCGAGCGUCUGGUUCCUCAUAUGGAACGUGCUGUGCGGGUUCGCUAACACGAAGGGCACGCUGAUUGCUGCGCGGUUCCUGGCGGGCUUUGGCGCGAGUGCGAUCUAUGCGCUUGGAGGGGGCGUGCUGGGGGAUAUUUGGCGGCCGGAGCAGAGGGGACGGAGUUUGGGCAUGUACAUGCUGAUUCCGCUGCUCGGUGCUGCUGUUGGGCCUAUUAUUGGCGGCUUCAUAGCAGCGCGGACGACAUGGCGUUGGAUGUUCUGGUCGACGUCCAUCUUCCAAGGCGCCAUGAUCUUCGUCUCCUUCUUCAGCUUCCCCGAGUCCUAUGCCCCCCUGAUCCUCCGUCGGCGAGCUACGCGCCUUCGCAAAGAGACCGGGGAGACGCGGUACCACACAGCCAGCGAGCGAGUCGACGCGGGCAGGUCCGCCUCGAGCGUCCUCGCGCGUGCCCUGUCGAGGCCCCUCCGUCUUCUGCUCUUCCACCCCAUCAUCCAGGUCUCCGCUGUCCUGUCGGGCUUUAACUACGGCAUCCUGUACGUGGUGCUGUCCACGUUCUCCAACUUGUGGAAGGAGCGGUACGGCCAGUCUGUGGAGAUCAGCGGGCUGCAUUACAUUGCGUGCUCGUUGGGAGAGCUGAUCGGCGCGCAGGUUGGCGCACCGAUGAUGGAUUACCUCUACCGACGACGCGAGCAGCCGCGCCCGGAGUAUCGCGUCACGCUGAUGUACUUUGGCAUCGUGCCUUGCUGGGUUGGGGCGUUGAUGUACGGGUGGACGGCUCAGUAUGGGCUGCACUGGAUGGUUGUCGAUGUCGGUGUGGUCAUCAUGAUGUUUGGGUUGCAAUUGGGAGGCAUGCCUAUGAUGGCAUAUGUCAUUGAUACUUAUGGCGAACAUACCACCAGCGCUAUGGCAGCGACGCAGUUUGUCAAGAGCUUGACGGCGUUCUUGUUCCCGCUGUUCGCCCCGAGCAUGUAUCAGCUAGAGCUGUAUCGGCUUACUAGAAUACCCAUUAUUGAGUAA